AUGUCAUCGCGUCUGCUUUUGCUGCUGCUGCCGCUGCUCGGCUGGUGCUCGGCGAGCUACGUGCUGCAGCCGGACGUGGACCAGUGCGAUCGGCCGCAGUGCGCGCCCAUCGACGAGAUCCUCGUGGCCAACGUCGACCCGGACGUCGAGCCGUGCGGCAACUUCUACGGCUUCGCCUGCGCCAAGGGCCUGGGCGAGCUCGAGCGCGACUUCAUGGCGCGGGGCGCGAGGACGAGCUCCUCGGUGAGCCCGGCCGAUCCGCGCCGUGCCGCCGAUCGUGUCAUUUACGAUUUCACCGAUUUGCGCAAGAUACUCGACGAGCCGCUGCAGGACGACGACCCCGACGUAGGCGACCUCAACGUGGACUCGCUGCGGGUCGAGCGGCAGAUCUACGAGAUCUGCAAGCGGGGCGUGCACACGCGCCAGGAGAGGCUGCACUACGAGCAGCUGCUCGCGCGCAAUCAGGCCAAUCGACUGGAGGCCAACGUCCAGUACGAUCCGCUCCAGGCCGAGCAGCAGCACUGGUCGCGCACCGAUCUCCGAUACGCCCUCGGCGGCUUCGGCUUCGCCUUCUUCGAGGUGGACGUGAUCGAGCGCCGCCAGCCGUUCGUGCACGUCAAGCGAUACCUGCAGUUGAGGCCGACGGCCGACAAUGUCUUGGACUUGAACGAUCUGCUGACUGCCAAGUACAUGAAGCACGAGCUGGAUCGACGGCCGAUUUACGACCAUCAUCCCAACAACAACGAUCCUAAUUUCGUACCGCCGCUGAAAAAGUACAGCGAUAUCAAGGACUUCAUCAGAGAAUUCAAUAAGAUCGUCCCUUACGACAACAAUGAAGAAGUCAACGAACGACGUCCCGAGCCGAAGACCAUCGAAAACUGGCAACGCAUAUACAAUGAAUAUUCUCACGAUCCUCUCUCUAAGAUCAAUUGGUUGAACAUUUUCAAAGAGCUGCUCGGAAAGAUCAGCGUCAACGUCUACGACCACGACUUGAUCAUCAUUAAGCACGAGAAUUACUUCUUUCGAUUGGCCGAGCUUUUGAAGCUCACUCGCGACGUCAACACGAUCGUUAACUACAUCCACUUGAGGUUCGUGUCGAAGACGAUCGGCUUCGUGGAAAAGGAGUACGAGUCCAAGUACGCGGUUAUACCGCCGGUCAAAGGCUUGGCGUGCACUCCGGGUUUGCUGGUCGGCGCGGCGCACGUGUACGUUCAGAGGCAUUUCCCGAAAGACAAUAAGGAGACCGUCGAGGCGAUGUUCGGCUCGAUCAAGAAUCUCAUCGACAAGCAGCUGAGCGAGGAGUACAAUCUGCAGGACGGCUCGGAGCUGACGAGGAAUUAUCUGCGGCAGCUCGGUCGGGCCGAGGCCGUGAUCGGCUAUCCCGACUGGCUGGCCAAUCGAACGAUCGCUUCCAAGUUUUACGGCAGACCCUUCCCGAUCAGUCAGCUCUACUUCGCCAAUCAAUUGAAGUUCGUCGAGAUUCUGCUGAGGAACAAGCUGCGAGCUCUGUACGAGUACGACGUGCCGAUUUUCGACAUGAACACGUUUUACAAAUCAUUCAUGCUGGAGAGAAUCGAAUUCUCGAGGAACCUCAGACAGAUAGUACUGCCAGCCCGAUUGUUCAGCGAAACCUCCUACAAGUUUCUCAGCGCUCAGUUGUUCGACCCCAUCAAUUACGGAGCAGCUGGUGCGACGAUAGCCUCGGAGCUCUACCUGCUGUGGCUGAAUCGAAUAUCCUACGCUCAAAACGCCACCAAAUGCAUCGCGGCUCAGGUCCCUAAAAACUCGUACAAAUUGAAGCACGAAGAAUUCGUGCAGAGAUUCACGGCCUAUCUUCUGGGACUGCAGACCGCCUACAGGGCAUGGCCCACCAAGGACUCGUACCCGAUACAGUUCAGAAACUUCGGUACCCUCACGGACUUCCGACUCUUUUUCCUCUCGUUCGCGGAGUCGAUGUGCCGAGCCCAGCUCCAGAGCAACGAGAUACCGCCGCAGUACUUCAUCGAUUACGCGGUCGACAACAUGAUCGAGUUCAAGCAGGCUUUCGGCUGCAACUUCACGAAGAAUCGCAAUCGCACGUCGACCAAGUACGAAGUCUGUCAUCCGCUGAUAUACGAUUGAGAAGAUGUGUGUGAUUUUUUUUU